AAGUUUAACUGUGUAUUAAGAAAUAUCAUUGUUUUAGUGAACUCAAUUAAAAUAAGUUCAGAGUACUCAUAGCUAUUGUUUUUGAUAAACUUAAUUGAAUUGAGUCAAUCAGUUUCCUCAAAUGAAGUGAGUUAGCUUAACUUGUUGGGUUUUAGCGGUUAAUGCAACUGGCCACUGCUCGUCUUUCUUUGAUAGUCAUCAAUCUUUCAAAUUAUUCAACCAUCUGAUCAAAAAUCAAUUCAAUCAAUCAAAAUGGAUUAUGAAUGAAAUAAUUAUGUUUAAAAAGUUGACAAAGUUGAUUUUGAAGGCAUUUAUAUUGAUCUGGAUUGUCUUCCUCAGAUCCACCAGAUUCAUCAGAUCCAUGGAUGGCUCUUUUCAUCAUCGCCUUCAUCUGUGUUCUGGGCUUGAUUGGGUUUAUCCUGUACAAACACAGACUUAAACUAACAGGGAAGAAAACCGUUAAAAAAGUUUGUGACGAUGAAACUAUGGAGAGUCUGACAAAAGUUUGUGACGAUGAAACUAUGGAGAGUCUGACAAAAGUUCGUGAUGAUGAAUCUAUGGAGAGAGGGACAAAAGAAGAUGCGGGCAGUUCUUCAUCGUGUGCUCCACAUGUGCAGGCUGACGUCCAUUCACAGCCAUCAGAGAGGAAGAAAACCAUUAAAAAAGUUUGUGACGAUGAAACUAUGGAGAGUCUGACAAAAGUUCGUGAUGAUGAAUCUAUGGAGAGAGGGACAAAAGAAGAUGAGGGCAGUUCUUCAUCGUGUGCUGGGGCUGCUGCUCCACAUGUCCAUUCACAGCCAUCAGAGAGUGUGGGAGACACAAAUAUAGCAGAACUGAGGAAACAUGCAGUUGAGAUCACUAUUAAUCCUAAGAGUUCACAUCCAGGUCUGACCGUUUCUAAGGACCGUAAAACAGUGAGAGACGCUCCAGAUUAUAAACACACUGGAAAAGGAUUUCCAUAUGAAUUAUGUGCAAUCGGAGCUCAAAGAUUUGCAUCUGGCCGUCGCUAUUGGGAGGUAGAGUUGGCACAAGAAGAUAAACCUCCUAAAAACUACUGGUUAAUUGGUGUGACGAAACAUGCAAACUUUCGUGUAAAAGACAGAUCUGCUGUAACUCCAUCAAACGGGUUCUGGUUCUUGUGUUCAGACGGUCCUAAUGGCUUUUACAUCAGCUCUGAUCCAUCAGUUUCUCUCCCACUGACGCCGAGACCCGAACGACUGGGAGUUCUGUUAGAUUAUGGUGAAGGUCAGCUGUCAUUUUACAAUGUCAAAGAGAGGAAACAUGUGCUGACCAUGAACAUCAGAUUCACUGGAUCAGUCACUCCGCUGUUUAAUCCAGGGGUCGGAGAUCAGAGUUCACUUAUGAUUCUGGAUUGUCCAAAACCUGUAGAAACACCUGUAGAGUCCAGUGAACCUUUACUGAGGAACAGCUCAGACGCCUGACUGACCAAUCCUGUGUGUUCAGGCCGAAUGAAGCUCGUGCAGAUUCAGGGCCGUUACAUAGUCAACGCAAGCAACGCGAACGCGAGUGACGCGAGCGACACGCUCCCUUUCAUAGUGUUAAAGCAGACGCAAGCGUCACGGGCGAUGCUUAAAAUGCAAUACUCCGGUCACGCAACAGGGGGUAGUAGAUUUUUUAACUGCAAACCUGAAAAAGCGGUGAAGCUCGUGAAGGCGUGCGUGGCUCUCCACAACUUUCUGGCAUCCACUGACCGUGCCAGAUACAUGCCCGCCACCUUUGUGGAUGCGACGUCUGACACCGGAGAGGUCCAGCCUGGAGAGUGGAGUGGAAGCAGCACGUUGUGGGGGACCAGAACAUGGUCGACGGACCACGGUUUUCGGUCGGCAGCAGCAGACCCUCCCGGAGAGCGGCACUUGUAAGGGAGCAGCUGGCUGAUUACUUUUCAUCAGAUGCUGGCGUGUUUCCCCACCAGUACAG